AUGUCUCGGUUCUUCCGUGGCGGCGACAGCUCGACUGAGAGCAGCUCCGACGAGGAGGAGCUGUACACCACGUCCGAGGAAGAAGAGGAGGAAGAGAUUGAGGAGCAGGAGGAGUCUGAAGAGGAGGAGGAGGAGGAUGAGGAGUCCUCGUCUAGCGACGAUGAGGGUGCUGCUCGGACAGGCGUGAACCGCUUUUUGCGGGCCAUGUCCGAGUCUGAGAGUGAGAGCGAUGAUGAGGAAGGACAGCAUAAAGUCAAGAGCGCUAAGGACAAGCGCCACGAGGAGCUCGAGGCUACCAUCAUCGCCAUUCAGAACAGCCAGAAGAUCAACGAUUGGAGCACCAUCGCAAACGAGUUCGACAAGCUUAACCGCCAGGUCGUCAAGCUAGUGGAGGGUGGCAAGGCGCCGAAGUCGUACAUCAAGUGCAUCGCCGAACUCGAAGACUUCCUGAACGAGACCCUCGCUAAGCAAAAGGUGACGCCCAAGAAGAUGAAUGCCACCAACGCCCGUGGUCUCAACGCUGUUAAGCAAAAGAUCAAGAAGAACAACAAGGAGUACCAGAGCCAGAUUGAUGCCUUCCGGAAAGACGCCGAUGCGUUCAUGGAGUCCUCCGACGAGGAGGAGGUUCCACUGCCUCCGAAGCCCACCAAGGUCAAGUUCCAGGAUGCUUUCGUUGCCGAGGAGGGUCCUGAGGAUGAGGAGAAGGGCUUCUCGAAGGUCGACAAGCGCGGAAAGGCCGUGCCCUACUCUCCCGAGAGCAUUCAGAAGCACCUGCGUGCUAUUAUCGAGUCGAGAGGCCGCAAGAAUGUCGACCGUAUGGAGCAGAUCCGGGUUAUGGAGGAGCUCACCAAGAUUGCCGAAAUCCCCUAUCUCAAGAUUCGUGUUUUGCAAACUCUCAUCUCUACCCGCUUCGACCUGGGCUCUGGUGCGGCGGCCGCCAUGCCGCUGGAGCAGUGGAAGGCCGCUGAGAAGGAGCUCUCCACCCUUCUCACGAUCCUCGAGGAGAACAAGGACCAUGUUGUCCUUGAGAACGCGGAAGAUUUGGAUGAUGACGAGAAGGUCCCCACUCUUGGGCCCGACGACAAGCACAUCAAGAUUCCGGGCAGCGUGGUUUCCUACAUUGAGCGCCUUGAUGACGAGCUCACCCGCUCGCUUCAGAACAUCGACCCUCACACUUCUGAGUACAUUGAGAGGUUGACUGACGAAACUUCUGUGUACAACCUCAUCCUCAAGGGUUUGCUCUACUACGAAACCAUACGCAAGGAUGCUUCUCUUGAUGUUCCUCAGGAGAGCUUGAACCGCGUCAUCCAGCGCCGCCUGGAGCAUGUUUACUUCAAGCCGGCUCAAGUAGUCAAGAUCCUCGAGGAGAACUCGUGGAAGCGGGUCGCCGGCGAGAUCAACUCCUCCAUUACUCCCCGUUCUCUGUCUGCCGAUCCCAGCAAGCUCAUCCAGGUUCUGUGCAGCUACCUGUUCGAUAACAGCGAGGGCAUCAUCCGCGCUCGCGCCAUGCUCUGCCAGAUUUACUUCCUGGCGCUGCAUGAUGAGUACUACAAGGCUCGCGACAUGAUGCUUACCUCCCACUUGCAGGAGAAUAUUACCAACUUCGAUAUUGCCACCCAGAUCCUCUACAACCGGACCCUCGUCCAGGUUGGCCUUUGCGCUUUCCGCAAGGGCUUGAUCUAUGAUGCCCAGAACACCCUUCAGGACAUCUGCGGCAGUGGCCGGCAAAAGGAGCUGCUUGCUCAAGGUGUCAUGAUCCAGCGCUAUAGCCAAGUCAGCCCCGAGCAGGAGAGGCUCGAGAAGCAGCGGCAGCUGCCCUUCCAUAUGCACAUCAACCUCGAGCUCCUUGAGUGCGUGUACCUGACCUGCAGCAUGCUUCUCGAGAUCCCGCUCCUGGCCCAGACUGGCUCAUCGCCCGACAUCAAGAAGCGUGUCAUCAGCAAGACCUACCGUCGCAUGCUUGAGUACCACGAGAGACAGAUCUUCACCGGUCCUCCGGAGAAUACCCGCGACCACGUGAUGCAGGCCUCCAAGGCGCUCGCUGCCGGCGAAUGGAAGAAGGCCAUUGACUUCAUCCACAGCAUCAAGAUCUGGGAUCUCAUGCCAAAGGCCGAUGAGAUCAAGGUCAUGCUUGCCAAGCAGAUCCAAGAGGAGGGCCUUCGCACCUACCUCUUCACCUAUGCCCCCUUCUAUGACACGCUAUCCAUCGAUACUCUCAGUACCAUGUUCGAGCUGGAGCCUCGCAAGGUCGCGUCCGUCGUCAGCAAGAUGAUCAGCUACGAGGAGUUGGCUGCCGCCCUUGACCAGGUCACCAACACCAUCAUUUUCCGCAAGGGUGUCGAGCUCAGUCGCCUGCAGAGCCUGGCCCUGGCCCUCUCCGACAAGGCCAGCGCCCUCAUCGAGACCAAUGAGCGCACGCUCGAGCAGAGAACACAGGGAUCGGCCAGCGCCUUCAACAGGAAGGACGGCAGGCAAGGCGGCCAGAGGACCGGCGGUCAGCGGACCGGCCGGAGCGGCCCGCGGCCAGGUGGCAACACUCAGCGGCAGGCUGGCGGUACGCAGUUCACUGGCGGCGCUUUGGGUGCUGCGGUUCGCGGUUAA